AUGUGGAUUAGUGCCCGGGUUAAAAACCGUACCUGCUUCUCCUAUGGAUCCGGUGCUCUGGAAGAAGGUGUGGAGCAUCUACGGGGCUUAGUUUUGGAAGAUGGCCAGAAUGGGACUAUCGAGUGCCCUCAUAAUCAGUGCUGUUUUGGCAUUUGGAACCUGAUCCAGGGGCAGCUCCAGGCACAGCUGAAAGGUUGCUGGAUUAGUGAAAAGGAAGCCGCGUGCGAUUCCCCAACCUGUGAGUCUCGAUCUGAUGAGGACUCGCUGACGUUGUCCUGCAGCUGCCGGGCUGAUCUGUGUAAUGACAACAUCAGGCAUGAUAGGAGGAGACAUGCUGACUCCUUGCGUGGUUCCACUGAGACCAUCUGGAUCAUCUCUACUUGCCUUGUGUUGUUCUUCCUUGGUUUCUUGGCAUUUCUAGUAAGUCUAAGACUCCUGAAAGGGCCUGCGUUGCCAAUCAGACCAGAAGAAAGUGGAGAACUCAGUAAGAUCACCACAGGCCACGAGAGGACACUGCCCAGGCAAGAGCUUCCAGACCUCCAAUUCCAUAAGGUUCUUCAUGAGGGGCAAUUCUCUAAGGUAUGGCAGGGGGCAUUCCGACAGCAGCCUGUCGCCAUUAAGAGCUUUCCUCAUUCUUGCUAUCGUGAGUUUGCAUCCGAAUGGGCUGUGUACAGUCUCCCUCUGAUGAACCACGAAAAUGUGGUACAGCUUGUGGCUGCUGGGUGCGGAGGGCCAGACAUCGAACAAGAUGGUCUCCUGGUGCUGACCCUUUACCCGUUGGGGUCCUUGCGGCAUUUCCUCACUCAGCAUGUUUGUUCCUGGGAUGUUGCUAUCCGGCUGGGAUCCUCCCUCGCCAAAGGCCUUGCUUUCUUACACGGAGAGCAGUGGAAGGAAGGUCUACACAAACCUGGAGUGGCACACCGAGACUUGAGCAGCCAGAAUGUGCUGGUUCAGGAGGACCAGACUUGUGUCAUCAGUGAUUUUGGCCUUGCCAUGACUUUGCCAAAGUGCCAUGAGUGGUGGAGAGAGAGCCCCACAGAAGGUGUCAUCCGCAAGGCAGGGGCCCCACGCUAUAAUGCUCCUGAGAUUCUGGAUGAGAGCUUGAAUUUGCAAGACUUGGGCUCAGCACUGAGGCAAGCAGAUGUGUACUCCAUGGCACUGGUGUUGUGGGAAACCUUGAUGAGAUGCUCCGUACUCUUCCCAGAAAACAGUAUCCCUGAGUUCCAGCUGGCCUAUGAAGCAGAGUUGGGCAGCAACCCUACAUACAGUGAGCUGAGGAGGUUGGCUGUCGAGGAAAGGCUGAGACCAGCCAUUCCACCUACAUGGAGAAGGAUGGGACAGGUUUCUGUCUGCCUACAAGAACUUCUGGAGGACUCCUGGGACCCGGACCCGGAAGCUCGCUUGCAAGCCGAAUGUGCCCGACAGAGGUUGCAGUGGCUGGGCGCUGCAGACGGGGUGAAAGAGUGCUGUUAAGGCCCAAGUGUUAUCAUGCCACAUCUUCUGCUUGCCUGGACAUCAGGCCCAGAGUUCUCUUCUCUUGUUUUUAGGGCAAAAGGCUUGCAGGUGCAGCUUCACUAGGGGACCUGGUCUGAAUGUCAGUUGGAGAGGCACGACUCUGGGGGCUGCGUAGCCUGAUGAACCUCUGCC